AUGACCAUUAUGGAGGUUGAUGGCAAGGAUGAUGAGAAUCUCUCCAGCUUCAAAAGGAAUCUUAGGAAGAUGAUUUUGCUGGAAGAGGAGGCCAAGAAGAGAAGAGAGGCCCAGAGGUCCCGAAAGUUGGUUUCGAUAAGGGUUGGCAAGAUCGAGGGAAUGGCUGAGGAGCCCGAGAGAAAGUUUGUCAAGGAUAGAAGAAGGGUGUUUGAGGAAUUGAAGCCAGAUUACGAGCAGGAGGGCAGGGUGAGGGAAAGGAUAGAGAGUCUUGACAAGAGAGAGGCAGCACCCGGGUCUUCUGGGAUCCUGGGGAAAAAGGAUGCCAACCGUUUUGUUUGUGGAGGAGACGAGAUAGCCAGUGGAGAGGAGAAGGGAUUGGAGCCCUCUGGAAUAGAGGGUAGAGCUGAAGGAGGCGAGAGCUCCAAGAUUGUGGAGGAAUGUAAAACAAGUGUUGGGAAGGAUCUUUGCGAGCAUGGGCCUAAAUACAAGGACGAGGGAGUGGAUGACGAAUGCUUUGGAGAGAUUUCUGUUGAGGAUAUCAAGAAGAGUCUUCUUGCGGAGCUGGAUGAAGAGAAGGAAAGCGGAGUAGACAUUGUAAGUGCAGUGAUAAAGUCUGAGGGCCUGGCGGUGUCUGAGCAAGAGGUGGUGUAUGUUGACGCUGAAAGUAAUUCCUCCGAGGCCGAGAGGAGCCCAUACAGCAUAAGCUGUAACGUCUACACCUACGAUACUCAUUACAAGAUUUCUGACCUGUCCAAGGGCGACCUGUCUGGCUGUGUGCCUCCUAGCGAAGGUGAUGCCUGCUUUUUGGUCAAGCCGACUGAUGGAGAAUCUGCAAAAGAGCAGGGAGGAGGGGGACAUUGUGAGCCUGGGUCUGUAGCCUACCGAGACCCCGAGGAAGAAAAAGAUGGAAAAGGAUGGUUCUCCAGGAUGUUUGAGUCUAUUUUCUUUAUAUGCUGCGGUAAGCCGGAAUAA